AAAAAUAUAAAAUCAUUCACCAAAUACUUUUAGUACAAUAACAAAUAUUCCUCUUCGAAUUGAAAAAAAAGAGUUUAAUUCAAUAAAUGAAUUUGCAAAAUAUUGUGUUGAAACAUUUUAAAUGUUUAGUUGUGAUUGUGUGUGCUAUAAUUGGCAUACUUGUUCUUUUUAUUAUCACCUUUGAUGGAGAAGCUUGUCCGAAAAGUCCGCCAAAUCGCCUUGGUAGAAUUCCGAUUGAUUUCAAAGAAGAAACGCUCGAAAUCGUAGAAACGCGGCUUAGUGUCCCACUUCAGCCAGGCGGUUGGUUUGCACCGAAAGAAUGCAGGGCAAACCAUCGUGUGGCUAUAGUUGUACCGAAACGUGGACGAGAGUACAUGCUGCCAACAUUCUUGAAGAACAUGCAUGCAAUGUUGAUGAAGCAACAAAUCGAGUAUGGAAUCUACGUUGUAGAACAACCCCUUGAUCAAGACUUCAAUAGAGGAGCUCUAUUCAAUAUUGCUUUCAAAGAGGCGCUGAAGAUGAAACAAUGGGACUGCUUUAUUUUUCAUGACAUCGAUAUGAUUCCGUUCGAUGAUCGAAACCUUUACAACUGUCCAUCAAAUGACGGCCCACGACACAUGGCGGUCGGCGUUGAUAAAUUCGGAUUUAAGCUUCCUUAUGAGGCUUUUUACGGCGGUAUCAUUGCCUAUACAACGGAGCAAUUUAAAAAUAUUAAUGGCUUUUCGAAUAUGUUUUGGAACUGGGGUGGAGAAGAUAACGAUUUGUGUAAAAGAUCCGAAAAUGCUGGCUAUAUUCUUACAAGACCUAGCCCUGAUAUUGCGGUCUAUUAUUCACUUCCACAUCGCGAAGAGAAACGCAACCCAAACCGGUUUAAACAAUUGAAAGAGUCGAAGGUCAACUUUAAUAUUAGUGGUUUAAACUCUUUAGACUACCAUAUUAAAGAUUUCAAAAUCAAACCCACUCACGUUCAUAUUUUUAUAGAUCACAUGAAAAUGGAGGAACCUGGCAAAAAGCGAUGGACAUGACUUCAAUUUUACAGCAGAACGAAAAAGAUUUAAAAAAAAUUUGGUCAUGGAAGUUAGACAAUAGAACUAAUAUUAUAACGAAAGCCAAAAAUUCUUGUUUUCAAUAUUGAA